ACUGUAUUCUGCUUCAAUAGAUCUGAGGAACUUGUCUCACACUAAGUUUAGUUUUUUAUAAAACCAUUUUUUGAUCAAGCACGUUUGUUUUUAAUGCUCUCUUUGCUCUGUGUUAGUAAGAUAUUGUGUUGAAGUAAAAUUAUCCUUUUUUUUAAUAAUCAAUUGUAAAGUUAACCACAGCAGCAGAGAAAACACAGAGGAGUUCAGAGUAGUGCUGCCCGCUCUGCUGUAAAGACACAGAUUCUUAUUCAUUCACAUUCUUCACCAUGGGACACUUUUUCAGCAAAGGGAACAAAGGCGGACCAAACAACAUCAGUUGUGCUGAAUAUCCUGAUGCAACAUCACACACUCCUACUGAGGAUGCAGGAAAGCACUCUGACACCAGAGUGAACCUGGUUCUGGUGGGAAUGUCCGGGUCUGGAAAGAGUGCAAGUGGAAACACAAUCCUUGGACGGCCAUCCUUCACGUCAAGAGUCAGUUCACAUCCAGUCACCACAGAGUGUCACUGGACAGACACUGUGAUCAGGGGUAGACCUGUUCGUGUCAUUGAUACCCCAGACAUCUUUGAUGAGGAGAUUAACCCGACAGUUAAGAACCAACAUGUAAAGAAAUGCAGAGAGCUCUGUCAGGUUGGGCCGUCUGUGUUCUUACUUGUGAUGCAUGUUAGCAGGUUUACAGACGCUGAGAGAGACGUACUGAGAAAGAUGGAAGAAGCUUUUGGCAGCAGAGUUCAUGAACAAACCAUCAUCCUGUUUACCCGAGAGGAUGAUCUGAAGCAAGGAGAAAUGAGCUUUGAGAACUUUUUGGAUUCCUCCAUAGCUGAUCUCAAGAAAAUAAUUAAAAAGUGUGGCAACAGGUGUGUUCUUUUUGAGAACAAGGCCUCAUGUCCACAGCAAGUGGAAAGGCUGAUGCAGACAGUGGACCAGAUUGCCUCGUUCUCUGAACACCACAAGGUGGGGACUGUUACGUACGAGUUGCAAGAACUGCGCCCCUCCGUUGGCAGCAAACAUGUCGUCGAUCUUCUUGAUCAGCUCCACCACUUGGCCUCUGUCUUUGCUGGUGUUGUCAAAGACGUGGAACCUGUUUCCACAGCUUUGGAUGACCUUUCGAAGCUCGGGCUUGCCCUCACGGACGUACUCUUGAAUGGUCAUGUCCCCGAGAUCGCCGCCCCGGGUGAACAGCACGAUCAUGUACUGGUUGGCGUUUUUACCGAACAGCUCUUGCAGGGCUUCCACGGAGUUCUUCUCCUCGUUGGUGAAUCGACCCACCUGGAUGACCAACAGGAACACGUGUGGACCGGGACACGAGACUUCCACGCACCUCACGAUUUCUCUUUUCAUGAAUUCUUGGGGCAUCUUGGUGUCCAGGAUGCCUGGAGUGUCUACCACACUGACCACCCUGUUGCCCCAUUGUUUCACACCUUUCUUGCAGAAAAGAAGAUUUGCGUCGUUGUCCUGGGAACUGACCCUGAUCUGAAAAAGGCCCUAAUAACCAUAAUCCUAGGGAAAGAUGUGAUAAAAACAAAAGUUCUGAUAAAUACUGAGAUACAUGAAAAUAACACAUACGAGGUCAUAUGUACACCAGACCCGAAGAGAUGGUGCAAUGACACAAGAGAAGUGUUUGCUAUCAACGGAAACCCUGACAUGUCUUUGUUGGUGGUAAAGGAAUGGUUUUCAGCAGAGGAGGUGUGGAAGCAGAUAGAACUGCUGCACAAGUUAACUGGAAAACCCACAGAGGAGUUCAUGGUGGUGCUGCCGCUCAGCCACAUACCCACCCAGUCAUACCCAUUCAGAUGGUGCACCAUGGAUGAGCUUUUCUUGGAACUGAGAAGAAGGGCUCAAGAAAAACCUCCGAUGAUGCCAAACAUGAGUCAUGCUGACCAUCCUGAGCCAGGUGUGUCAACAUCCUACACUCCCAUGGAGGUAGCAGGAAAGCACUCUGACACCAGAGUGAACCUGGUUCUGGUGGGAAUGUCCGGGUCUGGAAAGAGUGCAAGUGGAAACACAAUCCUUGGACGGCCAUCCUUCACGUCAAGAGUCAGUUCACAUCUGAUCACCACAGAGUGUCACUGGACAGACACUGUGAUCAGGGGUAGACUUGUUCGUGUCAUUGAUACCCCAGACAUCUUUGAUGAGGAGAUUAACCCGACAGUUAAGAAGAACCAACAUGUAAAGAAAUGCAGAGAGCUCUGUCAGGUUGGGCCGUCUGUGUUCUUACUUGUGAUGCAUGUUAGCAGGUUUACAGACGCUGAGAGAGACGUACUGAGAAAGAUGGAAGAAGCUUUUGGCAGCAGAGUUCAUGAACAAACCAUCAUCCUGUUUACCCGAGAGGGUGAUCUGAAGCAGGGAGAAAUGAGCUUUGAGAAUUUUUUGGAUUCCUCCACAGCUGAUCUCAAGAAAAUAAUUAAAAAGUGUGGCAACAGGUGUGUUCUUUUUGAGAACAAGGCCUCAUGUCACAGCAAGUGGAAAGGCUGAUGCAGACAGUGGACCAGAUGUUAAAACAAUAACUGUGAAUGCAUCAGAUCAGAUCAAUAAAGUGCUGAAAAGUGAUUUAUUUCCUUCUAGAAACAAUUAAGCCACAGGGUGAAAUAAUUAAAUAUCAUUAACUGGUUGAUUAUAUGUUUUUUGGGGUAGUUCCCUUUUUAUUUUUGUUUAACUAGCUAUACCAGCUUCUUAGUUAGCAGCAUUUUUUCCGCAAAAUUGGUUUCAUGGAUUCUGUCAAAUAAACAUAAAGUAUGUCUUUAGUGGUGCAAGAGCUCCCUCUGUCUCUUUUUAGUUAACCU